UGGACAGUCACGUCCGCCUUGUGUCGCAGUAGCCGCGCGUCCCACCUGCCGCGAUGUCAUGAAGCCACUGACGCUGCUGGCAGAGAUCCCGUUGGACGUGCGCCAUGAAGCCUUCGAGGAGAACGACCUUGGCGUGAGGUUCACGGAGCCCUCGGUGGCUUCCAAGCUACGAGCCUGCGCCAAGCAACUGCAGCUGAAGCAGCUGGUCGUGGUGGAAGGCCACACCCCGGGCUCGCCCGAGGAGAACAGCACCUUGCGGCGAUCCAUCGGGGAGGAGCUGGCCGAGCUGUGCGCUUUAGAGCUCCGGCGCUUGGGUUGGCAGGGCCAGGUGCAAGCGGUGGGCUGCGGCAGUGGCCUUGGCGCGGGGCUCAAGCUGCGGCUGCUGGAGCCGCAAGUGGAGCCAAGAGAACGUACGGUGCAGGAGCAGCUCCAAGAUCUCCAGAGUUCCACACCGUUGACCUUCAAGUCCAACUCCAGUGAUUUGUCGCAGGAGGGCAACCGCUUCGUGCUGAAGUGCGCCCGGUUGCUUCGACCCUAUCCCGGCCUGGUGCUGCAAUGCUCAGGCUUCGCCAAGGGCCGGGCAUCGGAGGACUGCGCGGCCAAGCGCCAGCUGAGCCUGGAACGGGCCCAGGCACUGCAAAGGGCGCUGCAGAAGAGCGGGGUCAGCAACCCCAUCUCCGUCUACGGCUUCGGCUCCGCCUUGGGCUCUGGGCUGGCGGCCGCCCUCGACCUCGAAGCCGAGACUCCGGAGACGCCCGGCGCGGACUCGGAGGAGUUCAGAGUGAUCCCCCACUUGGCCCAAGUGGCUGUGCCGGAGGAAGAGGAGGCAGACGUGUUGGAUGCGCUGCUGCAGGUGUUGCUCCAGGCCUAUGCCUUUGAGCCCAACCGCGCCAGGAUCCCGGUGUCGCCAACACUGCGGAUGGUGGCGGUGGUGUUGAAGUCCUUUCCUGCCUGGAUCUUAAGGUGCGAAGGGCACGCCAAAGGCAUCCCCAAAGACAACAGCCUGGUCAAGAAACAGCUGUCCUUGGUGCGUGCAGAGAACUUCCGACGGGCUCUGAAGGAGUUGGGGGUGAAGAAUGUGAUCCACUGCUCCGGCAUGGGCUGCGAGCUUGGAAUCGGCAUGGCGGUGCGGAUGUACGCGCUGGGCAGGGAAGGAGCUCUUCGCAUCCCGCAGCUGGACCACUUGACGGAGGAAGAGAGGUGCUUUCAGCUGAACCAGCUUCUGCAGCAGGCCCUGGACUGCAGCAUCGACUUUGUACCGAACCACGCCGCCAUCCCCGAGUCUGCUGCAGACUUGCUGGAGACGGUGGCAGCGCUGCUCCGCGCCUUUCCCUCUUCGCUGGCGGUGCACUGCGAGGCCCACGCCCGUGGCCUGCCGGAGGAGGAUUCCGAAGCCAAGCACAAGCUCACCAGACGCCGCGCAGAGCUCUGGUGCCAGGAGCUGCAGAAGCGCCGCGUGCCGCAGCGGCUCAGCGCCUCGGGCGCCGGCUGCUCCCGCGGCACCGGGCCAGGCCUCGCCAUGCGCGCGGAGGUGGCCUCGGACCUCUUGGACGAGCGCCGGGAGAAGGCGAACCAGAUGCUGGCGCAGGUCUUCCAGGACGCCGGCGUAAAGUUCGACUCCAACUCCUACCAGGUGCCCCAAUCCUGCGCGGAAGUGGUGCAGAAGCUGGUCGGCAUCUUCGAAGCCUUUCCAGACCUGCCCAUGCGCAUCGAGGGCCACGCCAAAGGUCAGCCUGGCGACACCGGCGAUGCGAAGCAACGCCUGUCGCAGCUACGAGCGGAGGCCUUCAAGCUGGAGCUGCGCAAGGCGGGCGCCAGCAACCGCAUCCGCUGCUUCGGGAGAGGCUGCGAGCCGGGCCUGGGCACCAGCAUCCGUGUGGCCGUGGACGAUGAAGAGGAGAAACUGCCGUGCCAGCCGGUUCCGGCCCAAACGGCCGCGCCCUGGGAAGAGCAGCUCAGGCUGCAGGAGCUGCUGAUGCAAGCUGCGGAGAACGGGCUGAAGUUCCAGCCCAACACGACAGAGCUGCAGCUCAGCUCGGCUCUGGCCGUGCCGCACCUCGCGGAGGCCCUGAAGGCCUUUCCGAACUUCGUAGUGCAAUGCGUGGGCCACACCAAGGGUAAGGUCGAGGAGAACAAUGAUGCUCGCAUCCGGCUCUCGCAGGAGCGGGCGGAGGCGGUCCGCAAGGCCUUAGUCGCCGAAGGGGUGAACAACGCCACGUCCUGCGUGGGCCUGGGCUCCGCGCACGGCCUCGGGAACCGAGUCCAGCUGCUGGCUGAGCCUGAGCAAGAUCCGUGAGGCCAA